AUGGCUUCCCGUCCCCAGAACAUUGGCAUCAAGGCCAUUGAGAUCUACUUCCCCAGUCAGUAUGUCGAGCAAUCUGAACUGGAGGCGUUCGAUGGCGUGAGUGCCGGCAAGUACACAAUCGGCCUUGGGCAGACAAAGAUGAGCUUCUGUGAUGACCGUGAGGACAUCUACUCAAUGAGCUUGACCGUUGUGUCCAAACUGCUCAAGAGCUACAAUGUCGACACCAACUCGAUUGGCCGUCUUGAAGUCGGCACUGAGACCAUCCUCGACAAGUCGAAGUCGGUUAAGUCGGUGUUGAUGCAGCUUUUCGGCGAGAACACCAACAUUGAGGGCGUCGACACCGUCAACGCUUGCUACGGCGGCACUAAUGCCGUUUUCAACACCAUUAACUGGAUCGAGUCCUCUGCCUGGGAUGGCCGUGACGGUAUUGUCGUCGCUGGCGACAUUGCCCUGUACGCUAAGGGCAAUGCUCGCCCCACUGGUGGUGCUGGUGCUGUGGCCCUUCUGAUCGGCCCUGAUGCCCCUCUCGUUUUUGAGCCCGGUCUCCGCGGCAGCUUCAUGCAGCACGCGUAUGACUUCUACAAGCCCGACCUGACUAGCGAGUACCCUUACGUUGACGGCCACUUCUCCCUGACCUGCUACACCCGAGCCCUCGACGCCGCGUAUCGCGCCUACAGCAAGCGCGAGGCCCAGCUGGCCCCCAGCAGCAACGGUACCAACGGCCACACCAACGGCGCCACUGAGUCUGCGCUUCCCAAGUCUCCCCUGGACCGGUUCGAUUACCUGGCUUUCCAUGCCCCCACCUGCAAGCUGGUGUCCAAGUCGUACGCUCGGCUCCUGUACCACGACUUCCUCGCUGAACCCGAGCACAAGGCCUUUGCCGAGGUUUCGCCCGAUAUCCGCGACAUGGAUUACGAGAAGUCUUUGACCGACAAGGUCGUUGAGAAAACCUUCCUGGGCCUCACCAAGAAGCGUUUCCAGGAGCGCGUCAACCCCAGUCUCCAGGUCGCCACCAACGUCGGCAACAUGUACUGUGCCAGCGUCUGGGGUGGUCUCGCCGGCCUGGUCUCGUACAUCAGCUCCGACGCUCUGCAGGGCAAGAGGAUAGGCCUCUUCAGCUACGGUUCUGGCCUGGCUGCUAGCUUUUUCUCCAUUCGCGUCAACGGGAGCACCGAGAAAAUUUCUCAGGUCCUUGACAUCCCCGGCAGGCUGGCCGCCCGCCGCCAGGUGCCUCCCGCGACAUACGAUGCUCUGUGCGACCUCCGCAAGCAGGCCCACCUCCAGAAGGACUUCACUCCCAAGGGUGAGGUCUCGACCAUCGCUCCCGGUGCUUACUACCUCACCAAGGUCGACGACAUGUUCAAGCGCACCUACGAGGUCCAGCAGUAA